AUGGCGAAUGCAGACAGCAAACCAAAACUAAGAGUGGCCAUCAUCGGCGCCGGCCCAGCAGGCCUAGGAGCGGCGAUUGAGUUUCAAAAGCUACCCUUCGUUGAUCUGCGCAUCUAUGACCAAGCGCGAGAGUUGCGUGAGGUCGGUGCCGGUAUCAGCAUCCAGCGGAACACCUGGCGCAUGCUAGACGCGUUGGGCGUAUACGAUAAUAUCGAUCGGGAUAGUAGUGUCUUCAGCGCCGCAGACGGCCAUUCGGUGCAGCAUCGCAAUGGACGAACGGGAGAAUUACUCCAGUCGAGCGGACAACAACACACUCCCCCUCGGCAUAAGCAUGCCAGGGCCUUACGCUCUGUACUCCAACAAGCGUUGUUGAAAGCUGUGCACAAAACAAAGCUACGGCUUUCGAGUCGCCUUGUGGAGAUCUGCGAAUUGCCGAACAAGACAUUGUCGUUGCGCUUUGAAGAUGGACAUGUCGAUGAAGUAGAUCUUCUCGUAGGAGCUGACGGCGUUCGAUCGGUGGUCCGCCAAUUCUCCUUCCCCGACCAUCGUAUCGGCUAUACCGGUACUACGGCCUUCCGGGCCCUGGUCAACGCGAAGGAUAUUCUGAGCAUCCCCAGUUUCCCUGACGCCGUGACCUUCUGGCAUGGUCCGACCAGGUGGGUAUAUACAUGCAAUCUCAAUAAGGGUAUAUACGAGGUAACAGCCAGAACGGAUCUUCCGGAGACCCGGGAGACGGUCAGUUGGGGGCAGGAUGCGAGUCCGGAUGAGUUUAUAGGGUUAUAUAAGGACUUCGCACCAAUGAUCCAAGAGGUCCUUAGUAAAGUGGGGGAAGUGAGGAAAUUCCCCCUCUUCGCAGGGCCGCGUCUGUCGAAGGUCGUCUCGCAUGGUUCCAUUGCUUUGAUUGGGGAUGCGUCUCAUCCAUUAUCUGGAGCCUUUGGUGCUGGCGCGGGAUUCGCAUUGGAAGACGCUUAUGUGCUCGCUCGCGCAGUGACAUGGGCACACGAACGCGACCUUCCAGUUAGCAAUGCUCUGACCCUCUAUGACAAAGUCCGAUCACCACAUUACAAGGAUAUGUACGACAUUCUGGAUGGCUUCCGGAGAGCCGAUGCGUCGAUCAAGGGCCUAAGCUCCUUUGACGAGAUUGUAGUGGCUAAUGUCCAGAGCAAAUGGACGGAUGAUCACGAUUGGCUAUAUCACUAUAAUAUCCAAGAAGUAUGGAAAAAGGCUUACGAAGAAGAGGAUGCUCGUCGUAUACAAAAGAUCAAUGGUACGAAGGAGGGUCAUGUACAUUCUCGUUUGUAG